AGGCAUUUCACACAGUAGGGCCUUAACUCAGAGCUAGUCAGGCUGCCUCCCUCCCCAUUCAGUUUACAUGCAUAGCUGGGCUAGUAGGUGUAAAAAUAGACAGGCAGAGCCUGAAUUGGAAAUUGUCACUGAAUGCUGGCUAUAGUCGCUAAAGUUUCUUUUUAACAUAGGGCAGCCAGUAGAGAGAAAUCUCUGCCAAAGAAAUCUCAGGAGAGCAAAUAAUAGAAGUUACAAAUAUCAGUCUCGAUUUUCAAAAGUCAUCUGCCCUUUUGGAAUAUUCCAUAUCUGCGAGGUCAAACCCACUACAGGAGUUAACAGGAGGAUAUGGGCAAUGCACCCAUUUGCCAAGCUUGCCGCACAGACAAGGGUGUAAGAGUGCAAGGGAGUGUGCAAGAUGCAGAUAAAAUUCCAGACUAUUAUGGAUGCAACAAUGGAGUGAGUAAAGAUCCUGAAGGGUUGUCAGACAGCAAUGCAAGCUUCCUUCGAGCUGCCAGAGCUGGCAAUCUGGACAAAGUAGUGGAAUAUCUCAAAGGAGGAAUAGACAUCAAUACGUGCAAUCAGAAUGGUCUCAAUGCCUUACACCUGGCUGCCAAAGAAGGCCAUGUGGGUUUGGUUCAGGAAUUGCUGGAAAGAGGAUCUGCAGUUGAUUCUGCAACUAAGAAGGGAAAUACUGCGCUACAUAUUGCUUCCUUGGCGGGACAGGCUGAAGUGGUCAAAGUUCUAGUUAAAGAAGGAGCUAAUAUUAACGCCCAGUCUCAGAACGGCUUCACACCUCUAUAUAUGGCAGCGCAGGAGAACCAUAUUGAAGUAGUAAAAUAUCUUCUGGAAAAUGGAGCCAAUCAGAGCACUGCUACUGAGGAUGGCUUCACUCCACUAGCAGUUGCGUUGCAGCAAGGACACAAUCAGGCAGUGGCUAUCCUUCUGGAGAAUGACACUAAGGGGAAAGUGCGACUGCCAGCGCUGCAUAUCGCGGCCAGAAAAGAUGACACCAAAUCAGCAGCACUUCUCCUCCAGAAUGAUCAUAAUGCUGACGUUCAGUCUAAGAUGAUGGUGAAUAGAACAACUGAGAGUGGCUUCACACCUUUGCACAUAGCAGCACAUUAUGGAAACGUCAAUGUAGCGACACUUCUACUCAACCGAGGAGCUGUUGUAGACUUCACAGCAAGGAAUGGAAUCACCCCACUGCAUGUGGCUUCCAAAAGGGGAAACACCAACAUGGUGAAGCUCUUGUUGGAUCGUGGAGGGCAGAUCGAUGCCAAAACCAGGGAUGGGCUGACUCCACUGCACUGUGCUGCACGAAGUGGACAUGACCAAGUUGUAGAGCUUCUCCUGGAACGAGGUGCUCCACUGCUUGCCAGGACCAAGAAUGGACUGUCUCCGCUUCAUAUGGCUGCCCAGGGUGACCAUGUGGAGUGUGUCAAACACCUACUGCAGCACAAAGCUCCUGUUGAUGAUGUUACACUGGAUUACCUGACUGCCCUCCAUGUUGCUGCACACUGUGGCCACUAUCGUGUCACUAAGCUUCUUCUGGAUAAGAGAGCAAAUCCAAAUGCCCGUGCAUUG